AUGAAGAAAGAAAUGGAUAUAGACGACCACGAGAUUACAAUCGAGGAACUAGAAUCGAGGUACAACACUAAUGUCACCAAGGGUAUGACCACCACCUUUGCCCGUCAAGUCCUGGAGAGGGACGGUCCUAACGAGCUGAAGCCUCCCAAAGGAACUCCAGAGUAUGUGAAGUUUGCCAGGCAGCUGGCUGGAGGGCUGCAGUGUCUGAUGUGGGUCGCAGCUUGUAUCUGCUUCAUCGCCUUCGGUAUUGAACUCGCGAGAGGGAACGUCACCUGCUUUGACAAUCUGUACUUGGCCAUCACCCUCAUUGCUGUUGUCGUGGUAACGGGCUGCUUUGGUUACUACCAAGAAUUCAAGAGUACCAACAUCAUUGCCAGCUUCAAGAAUUUGGUGCCGCAGCAAGCCAUCGUCAUCCGUGAUGGCCAAAAAAACCAGAUCAACGCCUACCAGUUGGUGGUGGGGGAUUUGGUGGAAAUCAAAGGAGGGGACAGAGUUCCUGCUGACAUUCGCAUCAUCACUAGUCAGGGCUGCAAGGUGGACAACUCAUCACUGACAGGCGAGUCUGAACCACAGACCAGGAGUCCAGAAUAUACUCAUGAGAAUCCACUGGAGACCAGAAACAUUGCUUUCUUCUCUACAACCUGUCUGGAAGGUGUAGCUACAGGUGUGAUCAUUAACACAGGAGAUCGUACUAUCAUUGGUCGGAUUGCCAGCUUGGCGAGCGGCGUUGGGAAUGAGAAGACACCCAUUGCAAUAGAAAUCGAGCAUUUUGUUGACAUCAUUGCCGGCCUCGCAAUCUUUUUUGGAUUUACCUUCUUUGUGGUUGCCAUGUUCAUCGGCUAUGCCUUCCUGGAGGCCAUGAUCUUCUUCAUGGCUAUCGUGGUGGCUUAUGUGCCAGAGGGGCUGCUGGCUACAGUCACUGUGUGUCUGUCUCUGACUGCUAAGCGACUGGCCAGGAAGAACUGCGUUGUGAAGAACCUGGAGGCUGUGGAGACUUUAGGCUCCACUUCGGUAAUCUGCUCUGAUAAGACGGGCACCCUGACCCAGAACAGGAUGACUGUAGCUCACCUUUGGUUCGACAACCAGAUCCACGCUGCUGAUACGACUGAAGAUCAGUCAGGCAAAAGUUUUGACCAGUCAUCAGAAACAUGGCGUUCAGUAGCGAGAGUGGCUUCACUGUGUAACAGAGCUACAUUCAGACCUGAUCAAGAAGGCGUUCCUAUUCCUAAGAGGACCGUGGUAGGAGAUGCGUCAGAAACAGCUCUGCUGAAGUUCACUGAACUCACUAUAGGCAACGUAGUGGACUACCGUAAUCGCUUCAAGAAAGUGGUAGAAGUGCCCUUCAACUCCACCAACAAGUUCCAACUGUCUGUCCAUGAACUGGAUGAUCCUCUGGACCUACGCUACCUGUUGGUGAUGAAGGGAGCGCCAGAGCGGAUCUUAGAGCGCUGCUCCACCAUUCUGAUAAAAGGCCAAGAACUGCCUCUGGAUGAGCAGUGGAGCGAAGCCUUUCAGACAGCAUAUAUGGACCUGGGAGGACUGGGAGAGAGAGUUCUGGGUUUCUGCCAUGUCUAUCUGAAUGAGAAGGAGUUUCCCCGAGGGUAUCGAUUCGACUCUGACGAGAUGAAUUUCACCACAACAGGAUUGUGCUUUGCUGGUCUCAUCUCAAUGAUUGACCCCCCGAGAGCCACCGUACCUGAUGCAGUGAUGAAGUGUCGUACUGCUGGUAUCAGGGUUGUAAUGGUGACUGGGGACCAUCCGAUUACAGCAAAGGCCAUAGCAGCUAAUGUGGGUAUCAUAUCAGAAGGCAGCGAAACAGUGGAAGAUAUUGCUGAGAGGAAGCGCAUACCAGUCGAACAAGUCAACAAGAGGGAUGCCCGAGCCUGUGUGAUCAGUGGUGGUCAGCUGAAAGAGAUGAGCAGUGAUGAGCUGGACGAAGCCCUGCGAGACCAUCCGGAGAUGGUGUUUGCAAGAACAUCCCCUCAGCAGAAACUGAUUAUUGUGGAAAGCUGUCAGCGUCUGGGAUCGAUCGUGGCCGUGACAGGUGAUGGUGUGAACGACUCUCCGGCUCUUAAGAAGGCUGAUAUCGGUAUCGCCAUGGGGAUCGCUGGGUCAGAUGCUGCCAAAAACGCUGCAGACAUGAUCCUGCUGGACGACAACUUUGCUUCUAUUGUCACUGGAGUGGAGCAGGGCCGUCUUAUCUUUGACAACUUGAAGAAGUCUAUUGCCUACACACUAACCAAGAACAUUCCUGAGCUGACUCCAUAUCUGAUCUACAUCACCGUCAGCGUGCCUCUUCCUCUGGGCUGCAUCACUAUCCUCUUCAUCGAACUGGCCACUGACAUUUUCCCCUCUGUCUCUCUGGCUUAUGAGAAAGCAGAGAGUGACAUCAUGCACCUGAAGCCCAGGAACCCUCGUCGUGAUCGUCUGGUGAACGAAGCCCUGGCUGUCUACUCUUAUUUCCAGAUAGGAGCCAUCCAGUCUUUUGCAGGUUUUACAGAUUAUUUCACAGCCAUGGCACAGGAGGGCUGGUUCCCACUGAUGUGUGUCGGCCUGCGCUCUCAGUGGGAGGAUGUUCAUCUUCAAGACUUACAGGACAACUAUGGACAAGAAUGGACCUUCAGUCAGAGGUUGUACCAGGAGUACACAUGCUACACUGUAUUUUUCGUCAGCAUAGAGAUCUGUCAGAUCUCAGAUGUGCUGAUCAGGAAAACUCGACGUCUGUCUGUGUUCCAGCAAGGCUUCUUCAGGAACCGUGUCCUGGUUUCUGCUAUAGUUUUCCAGCUCUGCCUGGGUAAUCUGCUGUGUUACUGCCCUGGAAUGCCCAAUAUCUUCAAUUUCAUGCCCAUCAGAGUCCAGUGGUGGUUUGUUCCUGUUCCAUACGGUAUUUUAAUCUUUGUCUAUGAUGAGAUCAGGAAGUUGGGAGUCAGAAGAUAUCCAGGAAGUAAGCAAUGACUGUUUAUACUUUUUUUUUUUUUUUAACCAUCUGUCUAUUAUCAUUAGCACCUCUGCAUUUAUUCAGCAUGCAUUAAUCUUUGGCUUGUAAUCUCUCAGGCUGGUGGGAUCAGG